AUGCUUGAACAAUUUAAUGUCUUCAUUGAAAGGAAGGCAAGUAAAUUUACUUUGGUUCCUCAACUUGAUAUGAAAAGUUACAAAGAACAUUUAAAUCGUUUAAAUGAGUUUGUAAAAGACUAUGAAGACAAAUAUAAAGAUAUUCUAAAGCAAGAGCAAGAAGUAGAAAGUAAGCAAUUUGAAUCGUCACAGAAUGUGACAACGAAAAUUGAAACAGUAAAUGCAUUCAAGAAACUGGGUAAAGGAAUUGACGAUUGGCUGGAGGACCAAAAAUUUGCUGCACAAAAAGAACUAUUCUUCAUUAUUAUUGAUUUAAUUUUAAGCAUCUGUAUAGCUGUCAUCCAGCCUGGAAGUGUACGUAAUAUUAUUGAAACAAUAAAAAAAGUAUUAGAAUCAGUUCAUAAUAUGGAUAUAAAAGGAAGUAAAGAUCUGGUUAAUAUAACUAAAGAUGACGAUGUAAAAAACGAUCUGGACCUAAAAAGUAAAGCUGAAGAAAUUAAAAAAAUUAUAUAUGGACUAAAAGCUAGUUACAAUAAAGCUGAUGAACUACGUAAUUCUAUAAAUAAAAUGAAUAAAAACCUCGAAGAUUUCAUUCCUGAAAAUCUUAACGAAAGACUUGAAACAGAUCCAAAAGGAACCUAUUUAAUUUAUGAUUGGGAAAAUAUUAAGAAAAAUAUUGACGAACUGCAUGAAUCUAUAAAACCAAUCGAGCAAAAUAUUAAAGGUACAGAAGAAUACUUUAGGUCUUCAGCAGAGCUUAUGGAAUUUAUUGACGUAUACAUUAAGGCCAAAAUUGAAGAAAACAAAGAAUCUAAAAAACUUUCACAAAUUCAAAAGCAAUUAGAAAUAAGCAAUAGAAUAAAAGAGCGACUUGAACAAAGGAUAGAAUCAAACAUUAAAUUACAAAAUGACGAAAUUAAACUUAUAUUAUUCGAACGCCUCAUCAAUAUUAAAUAUGAUAUGACAUUAUUCAUGGAAAAAUAUCAAUAUGCUUACGAAUAUCGGUAUCUAUCCGAAUCAAAUUUGAAACUUUCAGUUAUUCAAGAAUUCAAUGAAAACAAUAUUAAUAGAAUGUUUAAAGAUCUCGAUGAGGUCUCUAAUAAUAGACCUCAGAUAAAAUGGACUGUCAUUGAAUUUAAGGAAAAAAAUGUUAUUGAUGAAUUCAUAAAAAAUAAAUCGGUUAAAAUUAGUAUUCCAUCGAAUUACAACGAAUUAAAAGAUUAUGCUCGUCUAAGACUUCGUGCAUUUAGAGUAUACUUAAAAGGAGUUGGAACUACAAACGAUCGAAUUACUCUUUACAUUAAUCAUUCUGAUGAUUUUUAUGACAGAGAUGAAAAAAAGCAAAUCCAUCAUUUUAAAUCAAAAGAUAAAAAAAGGGAGUUUGAAUACAUAGUAUAUGAAAAAUAUUUUCCUCAUCUUAAUAUAGACAAAACCUACGUAAAAUCUGAUAUCAUAUAUUAUGAUGAAGCGGAUAAAGAUUAUCAUUUUACUCCAACUCUAUUUAGUCAAUGGGAAAUUAGUCUUAAAACAGAUACUAAUCU